UCAUUAUUUGGUUCGUAUUGGAGAGUCAGCUUGCCCAAGCUUGUGUGAGCGGAGCGCGCGAACACUACAAAUAAAAGAACGCGCGCACCUGCGAGCCUUUACACAGCUCUAAAGAGAGAAGAACCUGAACAUCAUCCUCCUGAACUCAUCUCAGUGUAUUUUAAAGGUAUUAACACCUCCUGUUUUAUUCAAUUAUUUUAGAUUAAUGACAAAGUUAUUGGUUUGGAUUUCAUAUGCUAAAUAAAGUUUGAUGCAGGUGUGUGAAAAGCAGCGGAUCUGAGGAUGUCCUGCAUUUGGUCGCUCGUGCUGUUCUCUCUGUUGCUCGCGUGUCCUGGACUCUCGCGCUGUGCGCUAGACUACCUAUCAUUCACAGACAACAGCGACCCCCAGUCUGAGCGCUAUGACAAACGAUAUGGUGAUAUCGAUUAUGACAGUUUCAUUGGCCUGAUGGGCAGGAGGAGUGCCGGAACAAAUCGUGACACAAUUUCAACAUUUAGACCUAACAUGAAUGACAUUUUUGUUGGACUGUUGGGACGGAGAAACAUUGUGUCUGCUAUUCCUGCUUGGAGAAGAGAGAGGAGAGGCAACAUUUUCUUAAAGGACAGAAGGCAAAGGUUUUGCUGUGGUGUGUGAAGCCUGAUCUGAUCUGUCC